UCGAGGCAGCUGCCGCGAGAGUACCUGGGUACCAGACAGAUUGGCGGCAGCGAUUUUUUUGCGUUCGGCUUCUUUUCAUUCAUCGAACGUUUCCGCGUUUAAUCUUGCGCGUGAAGGUGAUUCGGGUGGUUUCGUUGCUUUCUUUGGUUUUCGAAGAGAUACUGCUUUUAUUGGUGAUUUUAUUAAUUGAAUUUUCUUCGCUAUAAUGAGGUGUUCUUCCAGUUCAGACUAUUUCAUUGCUGCCGUUCUAAGCUUUUCAUUCCUAGCAACAUGCAGGGCAUGUCAGCGAACUAUCUUAAGAGCAAAUGGUGUAACACUAGAAGAAAAGAAGGUCAUUUUGGAAAGACAUAACACAAUGAGACAAUCAGUAGCGUUAGGACAAAUUGGUGGACAACCACCAGCUUCAAAUAUGAUGGAAAUGAAAUGGGACGAUGAAUUGGCGAAUCGGGCGCAAUGGUGGGCAUCGUCCUGUCAUUCGGAGAGGCACGACAAGGGUCGGCACAACUCACGUUUCCCAGUCGGUCAAAAUAUAGCGACAACGUGGACGACGAAACCGCCUUCUUCUUACGCCGAUAUUGAUUCAGAUUUCCCGGACGCAAUCUACAAAUGGUUCAACGAAUACAAAUUCUUUAAUUUCGGAGGAAUAGGCCGGGGCAAAACCGGCCAUUACACCCAGAUGUUAUGGGCCGAAACUAAUUUAAUUGGAUGUGGCUUUGCUUUCUAUUACGACCCCUCCAAAGGUUACACGAAGAACUACGUCUGUAAUUACGGGCCCGGUGGCAAUGUUUUGGGACAACCCCCAUAUGAAAAGGGAUAUCCUAGCUGUACUGAAUACGGCUUACAAGAAUCAAACAGUUACUCCGGACUUUGUUCAAAACCAGCCAAUUACUACUUCGGCAUAUCAAAUUUUAUACUGGAUCGAGUUUCGCAUUAGAAUAAACAUUAAUUAACCCAAGCGAUUAUUACUUGAUUGUACCUAAAAUGAAUUUAAUGUGUUGUGAUUAAAUUGUAGCGUAAACUGAUUUCGUAUCUAGGCAAGUUUAAUUAACUGAGAGGAAAAUUGGAGUUUUCAACGGGGGCCAGCCACUUAACUGUUAGUGGCUUUCGGUGCAAGUGCAUCGGAUAUAUAUGGUAAUUAAAUUAUACGUCUAGUUUAUCUAGCAAUUGAGGCAAAGCAAAAAAUCAGAAACCAUAGAGAAGAAAUUUCACAUACAUUAUCACCAAAAAGUUUGGACAUGGGACUGUUUUUUUAUCGAAUUAAAAUUAAAAAAAUAUACAGGGUUAACCCGGGACCCCAUUAAGCCACACGCCACGCCACGCCACGUCAUGAAGAUCUGUGCCUAUGUUUUUCCAUUUAAUUACAUGUAUUGCGUACACACUAAGCAACACGCCAUCCCACGCCAUCCCACGCCACCACACGCUAUCACACGUGUGUCGUCUGUCCCAGAUCUAUUGUGUACACUCUUUCCCACGUCGCAACACAUAUCGUGGCGUCGCGUGGCGUGUGGCCUAAUGGAGUCCCAGCAUUAUUCACCUCAUUCGACACGGAGUAUUAUAGUCACACGUGAUUCUUAGAAAUUGUGAGUAAUGGAAUCAUUAGAGGACUAAUUAAAGCUACAAUUUAAAAUAAUUUUC